AAAAUUGUAGGAAAUCAAAGAGAUGGCAGGACACAGGGUUGCACAUGCCACAUUGAAAGGGCCUAGCGUUGUAAAGGAGUUAAUCAUCGGUAUGGCACUCGGUUUAGCUGCUGGUGGUCUUUGGAAGAUGCACCAUUGGAAUGAACAGAGGAAAACCAGAGCUUUCUAUGACUUGCUUGAGAGAGGUGAGAUCAGUGUUAUUGCCGCCCAAGAGUAAUAAAAGCUGCUCAAAGACUCAUCUUCAUGGAAAAAUUCAAUUUUUUUUUUUUAAAGUUUCUGUUUAUAAAUAACUCUGAGAUGAGUUUGGAUUUUUCGAGAAAUAAACAAAUCUUAGAAUGAGAUUUGGUAGAUCAUAAACUGAUUUAAAUGUGAUGGUCGAUUCAGACAAAGCUUUCUUA